ACUUGUUCAUUGACAGCAUACAAUUUUACAAUCUCAAGACAUCACCAAAAACUUUGCAUUAAAAGCUAUCUUAUCUAGAUUUAUCGCCAUGCGUCUGCCAAGUUUAUCAACCCCAGUGAGAGAAAACUCCCUUCCUCUGUCGGCAUUCGAAGACAGUCAAAUUAGUAUAGACGGAGACAGCACCAAACACGUUCCAUUUCAUGGCUUGCCUAAUCACAGCUCGACACCAUUGGCUGGCAGUUCAUCUCCAGGCUCUUACUCAGAUUCUGCUUUCUCUGAAUCUAAUCAAAAAACUGAUUUCGGCCCUCAGGGCUUAAGGAGGGCUCUUUCUGGAGGAAACUUAGAAGGAUUAAUAGCUUACAAUUCGGAAGAGUUCCGGAAUUCGACAACACAGAAGAGGUCUUUGCGUAAACAAUAUUACACUUACACAAUGUUGAGGAGUGCUCCAUCUUUUAGCAUAUUCAAUAACACGUUUGAUGGGGUUGAAGAUGGAAAAAAGAAUGGCCAACAAGAUGUUCAGAAAGAAGAACCGUUGGCGAGAACUGUAACGAUUGGAGAUUACAUAGAAGAUGCAGAUAAUGGUGACUUCACCUUUGGGAAGAAAAUUGACAUGGGGUUAAUUGCGGAGGAGGGGGAAGAUUUCGAAGAAGGAAUUUAUGUAACUAAUCAAAAUUUGAUCUUUGAUGAAGAAAUGGAACCACCUAGUCCUCCCAUGUACCUCGCCACCGGACUAGGCAUUGAUGUUGCAGCUUGGUUUGAUGGCGUUGGAGUUGUUGAUUUAGUUCCUAUGAAUAAUUUUGAUGAGAUUGGCAAUAUGGAGGAGUACUAUAAGAGAAUGGUUGAUGAGUACCCCUGUCAUCCUUUGUAUCUAAGAAAUUAUGCUCAGCUCUUACAGUACAAGGGUGACCUUCGUGGAGCUGAAGACUACUUUCAUCGCGCUACAUUAGCAGAUCCUGGAGAUGCUGAAACUUUGAUGCAGUAUGCUAAAGUUGUUUGGGAGCUCCACCAUGACCACGUUAGAGCCACGACUUACUUUGAACGUGCAGCUCAAGCUGCUCCUCACGAUUGCGAUAUUCUUGGAGCUUAUGCAAAUUUUCUGUGGGAAAUAAGCAAGGACGAGGAAGAUGAUGGAGAACAACAAGAUGAUAAUGAGUCACAACUUUUUCAGAUUGAAAUUGAGAGUUCCACCUCAGUCCAUGAAAAAGAAGUGGAGCCAAGAGGACUCAGGAUUGAUGACCCCAAUUCUGAUAAUAUUGAGGAGUAUCACAAGAGAAUGGUUGAGGAAAAUCCUUCCAAUCCGGUGGUUCUGGGAAAAUAUGCUCAGUUCUUGAGCAAGUGCAAAGGAGAUUUUCAAGGAGCAGAGGACUACUACUCACGCGCCGCUCUGGCUGAUCCAGCCAAUGGUGAAAUUCUGUCACAAUAUGCAAAAUUGGUAUGGGACCUUCACCAUGACCAUGAUAAAGCUUUGGGUUACUAUGAGCAAGCAGUUGAAGCUACUCCUGCAGAUUGUUUCUUUGUUUUCAGCAAUGUUCUGGCAGCAUACGCUAGUUUUCUCUGGCAAACAGAAGAGAACGAUUCAACCAAACAAGAGCACUUCCAGGCACCACUCCAAGGGGGAGCCGUGGUAGCAGCUAAUUCUUAAGCCUGAAAGGCUAAAACCAUGCAAUCAGAAGCUUAAGGCUGUACGAAUGCCUCCCAUCAAGAAGAUAAUACGUAGCAAUUAUAUUAUGCUUCAAUAAAAGUUAAUGCCCGUUAUUCUCAUUAGAGAUUGUUGUUUUGCUGAUCACCAAUGAAGUGCCGUACCAAGAAAGCCAGUCUGUGUAUGGAUCCAUUGAUGUAAAUGUAAUGGAUGUACUCAUUCUGCUAAGUCUCUUGAGCAAAAGCAAAUGAUAUCGAUGGAGUUACUGAAAUAUUUCCUA